AUGGCUCUUUUGAAAUUUAUUUUUUUGGUGAUAAUUGCCGCUACAAAAUUUGUUCUGGCAGCAGAUGAUAAGGUUACUUCUUUAGCUACUGUGACUGAUACAGUAACUGAAUUGAUUACUUUGACAGGUUGUGACAUCACAAGUUUGUCAACGAAAACAAAGUCCCCUGUUUAUGUAUAUACUACAACAACUACAACACAUGACAUCUAUGAUACCUCUACAACUACCGAGUGCCUCCUAAUGUCUUCCCUCGUUCCAACCUAUGUGAAGAGAAACGAAAUGGAUGAUGAUGAUGAUGAUGAUGAUGUAGAAAUUGUGUAUGUCACUUCUACUUCGACAGUACAUGUCACGGAUAGGUUGACAAGUUAUGUAACUAUCACAUCUUGCAAGAAUAACGCCUGUCUGACUAUUACCAAGCCAGUAGAUGUUACUACUUCCACGGUCACAGUUAAAGAGACGGUCUCAAAGUACACGACACUUUGUAUACACACAAGUACGUCAUUGACUUCUCUGACUCCUAGCUCAACUUCAACCACUACUUCUAAGUCUUCUUCCCCAAGUACUUCAACAACUGAAGAGAAAUCAAGCUCCCUUGCUUUCACACUGAUUGAGCCAACAUCGGAAAUAGUCACAACUCCUUUUUCCACUUCAACUUCGUCUUUAGAUUCUACUUCUGAGCUUACCAGUAGCUCACCCUUCUCAACCGAAACAACCCAGAGUGAAACUACAACAACUGUUACUGAAGUACUGACAACAGUGUUGACUGUUACUGAUUGUGGACAUUACACGUGUCACACAUCUACUGUCACUACUGGUGUGGUUGUAAGGACUGUUACUGAAAGUGAUGUAACCACGUUGUAUACAACGUACUGCCCUUUAACAGACACUUCAUCUAUAGUUCCAUCCUCAACCCCCUCAACACCAUCAACACCAUCAACACCAUCAACACCAUCAACACCAUCAACACCAUCAACACCAUCAUCAUCAACUUCAUUGGCAAAAUCAUCAUCAAAGACUACAGAUGUACCAACUUCUUCCACAGCCGAAUCAGCCAGUAUAAGUACCAUUGAUAUUGAAAGUCUGUCCAGCGUAUCAGAAAAAACAACAACAGCUACUUCACUGUUUGAAUCAAGCCUGAUAUCGGUAAGUACUUCAGAAAAAAUCACAAUUUCAUCCGUAUCAUCGACUUCGCUGACUACCCUGUCAUUAUCUGAACCCACUGUAAGCUCUAGUACUUUAGACAACACUUCGAUUACUUCAAGUCCGACUUCCAAAGCGACUACCACACUGUUGACCUCCUCGGACUCAAGUAGUAAAGGAUCUAGUACAUCUAGCUUAGAGCUGACUGAGUCUUACAAUUCAGAAACUAGUUCUGUAGAGACCAUUUCAUCAACGUCGGAGUCGACUACACAGGAUACAACCUUACUUUCAACCAGUCUGUCCACUUCAAGUGAGUCGUUUGACAAAUCCUCGACAAGUUCAACUACAACUGAAACGGUACCAGAUAUUUCAACCACUACCAUCACAACAACAACUUGUAGUUCUGAUAAAUGUCAUACUACUUCAUACAAGACUGGUGUGACAACUGUAACUACUACCGAAAGUGAUAUUACCAUUUUUUAUACUACAUAUUGUCCACUUACGAGCUCAGAGGUGCUUCCUAGCUCAAGUAUGAAAGAAACAUCUAUAGCUAGUUCAGAAAGUGAAAUUAAUAGUAGUACACCAGUUGCACCAACUACUACACCAAGCGCUACACCAACUACUUCUCCAACCACAUCACCAACGACUGCACCAACCACUACACCAACCACUAAACCAACCACUACUCCAACCACUACUCCAACCACUACUCCAACCACUACUCCAACCACUACUCCAACCACUACUCCAACCACUACACCAACUACUUCUCCAACCACUCCUCCAACUACUUCUCCAACUACUUCUCCAAUUAUUUCUCCAACUACUUCACCAACCACAUCACCAGCCACAUCACCAACCACAUCUCAAACCACAUCUCCAACUACUUCUCCAACUACUUCCCCAACUACUUCUCUAACCACGACCCCGACCACUACCCCAACUGAAUCAGACGAGGAAAAAACAAUCGAACCUACUUCUACCUUUAUUCCAACACAAUCAACCACCAGUACCAGCAUUACCACUGUUACAGUUAGCUCAUCAACAUUUUCCACAUCUUCACAAUCUGAGGCAACCCCUACUGCAACAACUAUCCCAUCCAACAAUGCUGCUUCUGUAAUUCCCGCUAACGCAAGUUUCUUAUUGGUAAUAUUCCUUUCUUAUAUGCAAAUUUUGUGA